CUGUUAACCUAUUCAUCUUUUUACAUGGAGUCAAUUUAAACACGUUCCUUCAUGAAUAUCUGGAUUUGGAAAUAUGAGCAGAAUUCACUGGCGGACGUUUGGCCAUGAUUCAUAAUAAAAUUUGAAUUUUUUUUUUUUUUCUAUUUUCAAACUGAAAGAUGAUAUUUGAAAAUCAAAAUUGACCUUCUGGAUCUGUUUUUGAAUUAUUGUGAUUAAUGUGAAAGUGAAAAUAGUGAAAACAACGUUUUCACUAUUCUUUAAGAUUUUGAGUUGAAUUCCAAAAUUUUAUGGCCAAAACAUGUUUUUCACUGCUGAAUGGUGAGAAGUUACCAUCAGCAACUUCACGAGUAUACCUUUACAAAAGAUAACAGUGAAAAAUACUAGAACUUCAAGAAAAUACAUGUAUAGAGAGAAGCAGAUAGAUACUUCAAGCAGUUUGAAAAACACAGAUCUGGAGAAGUCAAACACAAGUCCAAGGACAGAUUUGUCAUUGCACAUCACAUUCACCUCAGAUCCAGUGUCAUUUUUGUCGUAAAGCAAAAGAUGUCACUUGUCAGUCAUCACAAAUCAACUCAAACACAAUCAUACAGGGAAAGUGGUUUGCUCUCUGGCAAAGGAAAGAUAUUCUUUAUCUUCCCGAGUAGAGAAAGAGAGAGGGGAGUAAGAGAUGGCAAGGCGACCGGACGAGGAGUAUGAUUACCUGUUCAAGAUCGUGUUAAUCGGAGAUUCAGGAGUUGGCAAAUCCAACUUACUCUCCAGAUUCACUAGAAAUGAAUUCAGCUUGGAGUCUAAAUCUACGAUUGGCGUUGAAUUCGCCACUCGUACUCUCCAGGUUGAGGGAAAGAUGAUUAAAUCUCAGAUGUGGGAUACUGCAGGACAGGAAAGAUAUAGAGCCAUUACUAGUGCAUACUAUAGAGGUGCACUUGGUGCACUUCUAGUAUAUGAUGUAACAAAACCAACUUCCUUUGAAAAUGUAAGCAGGUGGUUGCAGGAACUGAGGGAUCAUGCAGAUUCCAAUAUUGUGAUCAUGCUUAUUGGAAACAAGACUGAUCUGAAGCAUCUCCGAGCAGUUGCUACGGAGGAUGCUCAAAGCUACGCGGAAAGAGAAAGGCUGUCUUUCGUAGAAACAUCUGCAUUGGAAGCAACAAAUGUUGAUAAGGCUUUCCAGAUGAAUCUUUCGGAAAUUUAUCGGAGAAUCAGUAAGAAGUCACUCUCUUCAGAUGAUCCUGCACAUGCUAAUAUUAAACAAGGGAAGACUCUUGUUAUUGGAGCUGAGGAGAUACACACCAACAAAGCCUGCUGCUCUGCAUCUUAAUGAUACAUCACUUCUUUCAAUCUGAUGUAUGAGUCCUUCCUUAUUUCAAUCGAUUGCUUUUAUUUAUUUGUUUGUUAUUAUUAAUCUAUUCAUUUUGAGCUUAUCAGUUUUAUAUUUCCUACCAAUUGUAUUGAUCCUUUUGUUAUAAUUAUUGUAAUUAAAUUUUGAAAGAAAAAAAGAAGAAGAUGGACUUGCAAGUUUUUCAUUCA